CCAGCCACCUGAACCACCUGGGCGGCGUGUUUGCACGCGACGAGGGCGAGGGCGACCAGAUCUGCAGGGGCCUGAUCACGCUCGCCGUCUUGGCGGAGCCGCUGUCCGACGGCUGCCAGCUGGUUGUGACGAGCUGGCUGGAGCUCUGCCUGCCGCGGGGGCGGCUGCACAGAGCGAUGGACCAGACCAACAAGGACAACAAGAGGUUCCUGGCCUCUCUCUUCGCCCGCGUGCGAGCGAGACUGAGGGAUGCGAGCGACGCGGGGCUGGAAGCCCCCGAUGAACUCGGGGCCCCAUUCAGAGAGCCCGAGGGUCCAGUGCAGUCUUGAGAGCACGCGCGGUGUGAGGACACGGAGGGCGGCCCCAGUUUCGCCCGUGUCUCACCGCUCCACGGCUGGCCCUCUCCCGGGUACGGAUCGGGGCCGGGCACGAUUGGACUUGUGAAAGCCCGAGCAUGUCGUCGCUUAAGCACUGCGCGGCCAACAUAGGGCGAUGCACGGCGUCUUCCAAAUUCACGCUUCCCCACUACAGCUGGGAAGCCAAGUGCGGCCUGCUUGCCCCAGACAAGUGCACGGCAGCCGAGCGUGAGGGAUAUGGAAAAUGUGGACGGGUCUUCGGCAGGUUUGGCGGCGCAUGGGCGCAGCCCUCCGCGUCGGCCGGUAAGCCGGAGCUGCUAGGGGCCGGCGCCUGGACGCAGAGCCACCUCGGAUGGUCGCACAGCACAGCAGCUGCCUCGGCCAGAAAAGUCGCAGACAUGCCAC